CCUGUCAAUAUGGCGGCGGGCUCGGGCUCGGUCUGGGGCUGUCGCUGGCCCGGCUCCGGGAUCCGGGACCGAGCUCCCUCCUCCCGCUGACAGCGCCGCCCGCGCACCCUUUCCUCAUCCUGCAUUCCCCGGCGCCAUGGCCGAGCCGCAACCCUCGGAGGAGCUGGAGGUCGCAAAACUUCGGCAGCGCUUAGCUGAGUUGGAAAAGGCCGAGGCUGAUUUCUUGCGAACAAAGCAGCAGUUGGAAUUCGAGUUUAAUCAGAAGAGGGCAAAAUUCAAGGAGCUGUACCUCGCGAAAGAAGAGGAGUUGAAGCGGCAGAAUGUUGCGUUACAGUCAGCAGAAGGUGAUGUUACUCGGCUGCAAGUCCAACUCAUGGAGGCAACGGCUGACAUGGAGAACAUUAAAGCUGUAGCUACAGUUUCCGAGACCACCAAGCAGGAAGCAAUCAAUGACGUAAAGAAGCAGUGGCAAGAAGAGGUUGCUUCAAUGCAGGCUAUAAUGAAAGAGACAGUGAGAGAGUAUGAGAUUCAAUUUCAUCAGCGGCUGGAGCAGGAACGCACUCAAUGGGGGCAGUACAAGGAAGCAAUGGAACGUGAGUUAGCUGACCUAAGGAGGCAAUUGUCUGAAAGACAUGAAGAGGACAGCUUGGAAAAUGACAUGAAGAAAGCUCAGGAAGAUGCUGAGAAGUUGCGGUCAGUGGUAGUGCCCAUGGAGAAGGAGAUAGCAGCUCUCAAAGAAAAGCUGUCAACAGCUGAGGAAAAGGUCAAAGAACUAGAAGCCUCAAAGCAGGUUAAGGAGCUGAAUCAUUAUCUAGAAACUGAGAAGUCCUGUAGGACAGACCUGGAAAUGUACGUUGCUGUCCUCAACACUCAGAAAAGUGUUCUGCAGGAAGAUGCUGAGAAGCUGCGUAAAGAACUGCAUGAAGUAUGUCAUCGUUUGGAGCAAGAGAGACAGCAGUACAACCAGCUGAAACAUACAUGGCAGCGUGCCAAUGACCAAUUCCUUGAAUCCCAGCGGCUUCUGAUGAGGGAUAUGCAGCGCAUGGAGAACGUUCUCACUUCAGAGCAGCUUCGACAGGUUGAAGAACUGAAAAACAAGGAGCAAGCAGAAGAUGAACAGCAGAACCUCAAAAAAGCCAAGGAGAGUAAACAGCCAGAGAUUGAGGAAGAAGGCUCCAUAAUGAGCUCCCAGUCACAUGUAGAAUCUCCUGCCAAAUCUCUCAGCGUGUUAGAUGUUGAAGAGAUUUGUGGAAAUAGUAUACAUGGUUCUGUGCAUUCCUUGGAUUCUGAUUUGUCAGCAUCAGUGGCAGGUUCUGCUAUUAAACAGGAGGGUGAGCUGUUCCGAGAGAGUUUAAGAAGGGUGCAGUCCACUGAUAGUCUAGGCACCGCGAGUUCCUUGCAAUCAAAGAGCCUGGGCUGUGGACACAAGGCAAAAUCAGCUGGAAAUCUGGAUGAAUCAGACUUUGGGCCAUUGGUUGGAGCAGACUCUGUUUCUGAGAACUUUGAUACAGUCUCGGUUGGCUCUUUCCAGAUGUCUGGUUCUUUCAUACUGACAAAAGAUCAAGAAAAAGCAAUCAAAGCACUCACACCGGAGCAAGAGGAGACUGCUUCUCUUUUGUCGAGUCUUACGCAGGUAGUGGAUACUGCUCCUAGUGGGUACAGAAUGGUCAGUGAGAAAGAAUGGAAUUUGUUACAACAGGAGGUACAGAAUGCUGGAAACAAGCUGGGCCGCCGCUGUGACAUGUGUUCAAAUUAUGAGAAGCAGCUCCAAGGAAUCCAAGUACAGGAGGCUGAGACCCGGGACCAGGUAAAGAAACUACAGGUGAUGCUACGACAGGCAAAUGAGCAGCUUGAGAGAACAAUGAAGGAGAAACAGGAGCUGGAGGAUUAUGUCAAACAGAGCUCCGAUGACACUAGUAGCCAGGUCUCUCGACUGGUCCAGCGUGCACAAGAUGCUGACACCUUGCUUACCAGCUUACAGCAGUUGUUUUCCCAAGCCAAGCGAAGCACCCAGGAGCAAAUGGCGGUAUUGAUGCGGUCACGAGAACAAGUAUCUGAGGAACUGAUGAGACUGCAGAAGGAAAACGAGAGUCUUCAGGGGAAGCACAGCCUCCACUCGUCUGUUCUUCAGGGAGAGAACUUCAUUCCACCAGACACUGUGGAGGAACUGCAUGAACUAGUGCAGACAUAUCGUGAAAACAUUGUCAGUGUGCGGACAGCAGCUGAUCACCUAGAGGAGAAACUAAAGGCAGAAAUCCUUUUCCUGAAGGAACAGAUACAGGCAGAACAGUGUCUGAAGGAGAACAUUGAAGAAACGCUACAGCUGGAAAUAGAUAGUUGCAAAGAGGAGAUUGCAUCUUACUCCAGUUUAAAAACUGAAUUGGAGAGAGUGAAAGCAGAUAAAGAUCAGCUGGAAGCCAGAAUGCAAGAGAAGAUCCAGUACCUGGACAAUCUUGAAGAGGUGAAUAACAGCUUGCAAGAACAACUGAAGAAGGAGGGUGAUGCAAAGACCAGCCUAGAACAAUUGCUGUAUGAAGAGAAGAAUAAGGGUCAGAGGUUACAGACUGAGCUUGAUGUCAGUGAACAAGUACAGAGAGAUUUUGUGAAACUCUCCCAGACGUUACAGGUUCAAUUGGAGCGGAUUCGCCAGGCGGACACCCUAGAUAAUGUCCGUGUAAUCCUAAAUGACACAAAACUGACAGAUAUUAAUCAGCUCCCAGAGACAUGACAUUAAACCCUGGAAAUUGAGGCUACAAUAGUUUUUACUCAACCAGACACCUGUCUUUGUAGAAACAUGUUAAUUCUUAUUUAACUCUGAAGGAUCAGAACCUAUGGAUUAAUAGAAUGCAGUAAUUGAGGUGUAAAUGUUUCUAGAUUGACUUUGUACAGGGUGCCUGACUGCAGUUAGAUUCCCAAUUCAUGACAUUGCAACAGGGAACACUACUGAAAUUUUAAAUUUAACUCCUAUGAUGAGAAAAGAUCAACAAGUGUAUGCUGUGCGUAAUCUUUGAAAAUCACUGAUACAAGAAUUCCCAGUUUUGCUGGAGUAAACAUGUCUAAUGUAUUGCUCUGCUAUUUAUACCAUUUGAUCCUUUCUUGUGUUUCAUGUAAAUUCACUAAAGCAGCAUCAGACGGUCACAUCCUUCAGCUCAUGCUUUUACUUGUGAAAUUUCAGUGUUUAGUACUCAGAAAAGUGUGAACGUUUUGGUUUAACCAGUUCGUUUUUUUUUACAAAUGGUACUAACUCCAGAGUCUGCUCACCUUCUCUCAGUAUUGCCAGCUCCUCGAACUCACAGACGAUGAAUUGAAUUUGUAUUUAUUGUACUUGCUGUGCCUGCCAGUUUUCUAGAACUGUGUAAAAUGCAUCUCACUGCACAAGUUCACUGGAAAAAAGAAUCUGGGGAGAAAAGAACCUAACUAAUUUUCAUUGAUUAAAAGUUGCUGACUUACUUUAUAUAGACAGCAGCAAUUGCACAAGUUUUUUAAUGAUUUUAAAAAACAAUUUUGGUUGACUAUAAUUCUUAGGAUUCAAUACUUUUGCAAACAAAUACACUCAAUUAAUAUUGGAACUAAAUAUUACCAGUUGAACUCUUAUUCAGCAUACAGAAUUGUUGUUCAGCUGGUUCUUCUGAGGAUAUUGUUUUAGGAUGGGAUAUAAAAUGAUGUAAUCACACUUGAUUUAGCCCUUCCUUUAUUAUCUUUGAAGAGAGAAACCGAAGGCUUAGAGUAAUCUGAUUGGAAGACUUGGACUGCCCAGCAGAUUUUAUACUUUCGUUAGUUCCUGAUGUAUGUGCAAGAUGACAAUUUAGGUUUCUAAAACUUGUCAUCUGGCCACAUUUAAAGAGCAUUCAGGUGAUUAAAGUUUGAACUUUGACUGAUGACUGGCCUUGGAUUCUGUACACAGCAUGAUUGAUUUCCAUGCCCCAAACAUACAACUUGAACAGGGUACAAUGAGGAAACUGACUGCAGUACUGGGGAAGUAGAUGACUUCACAUCACUAACUGUGAACAGCUGUUUAAGCAUAGAGUUGAAUUUGCUGUCUGGGCUUAGGUAUUCUAGAGUUGUAAACUAUUAAAAGAUCCAUGGCGCAGGAUGGCAUUUUAAAAUACACAUUGGUAACAUUUUAGAAAUGGCAUUUAAUAUUUCAUUGUAUUCACAGCAGAGUAUAUUGGCAGCAGUGAUUGCAGAAAAAAAUGAGGAUGUCCAUAAUAUUUUUGAAUCAUGAUAAGAUGAUCUGGGAGAGGUAAAAGGAACAGGAGACAAUGUGAGAAGUGAUUGCAAUUUCAAACCCAUUUUGAACAGGAAGGCAUUUAAUUCUCCCCUGAAAACAUUUGUUGAUUAUAGCUGUUUAUUCAAGGAAAAAAAUAAUGCCUUGUUUUAAACUUGUAUAUGUGAACUUUUCCUUUAAGCCUUUAAAAAUUAAAUUCUACGUAACCUCAGUGCUUGCUUUAAAUAGAAAUAUGGUACAUUACUAAGAGCAUGGCACUUCAGUCCUUUCUGAUUUAAACAUGGUGUAAGUGUGACCUGACUGGAUUAGAUGCUCUCCACAGAAUUUUUUUAAAAUAUGUGUAUAUAUUAAUGGUUCCUCUUAUAUAAAUGAACUUAAGCUUUGAUCAGCCAUAGCUGAUUUAGCAAUAUCUAAUUCCUGGCAACUAAAAGUACAGUGCAAGAGGAGGUAAAGGGUAAUAUGCUUCAUGUGUUCCCUUGUCCAUUACUGGAACAUUCAUGUGCAGUUUCCCUUGAUAAUAGCAUGUCUGUAAUUUACUUAAAAUGUGGUUUCACCACUGAUCUAACUGCCGACAUCUCCCUGUAAGUUCCAAGGGCACUUUGAAAGAAAAGUCAUGUCUUACCAACACAUUAGUGUCCUGUGCAAGUGUGGAUGUACAGUUCUGCUGUUUACAGAUUUAAAAUGUAACCAAUUUAACUAUACUGAAGGUGUCCUUAUGAAGAAAGUGUUUAAAAUAAAAAGCUGCUGGAGUAAAGUGUGUUCAUAAAGUAAAGGUUAAUAAAUCAUU